CGCGAAUUCCCGCCGGUCUUCGAAAUCACGCGAGAGUUGGAAGUGACAAGAUGGCGGAAGCAGAUUGCGCGGAAAUUUCAAGUUCAGCGCAAGAUUCCCUCAAAAAUGGCAAGAAAUCUUCGGUUUUCCAGGAUGACAGCAGCUCCAGUGAUAGUGAUGAGGAAGAGAGGAUAGUCGUCACCAAGAAGCCCCCUCCUAGGAGAAGGAAGUUCAACAUGAACGCCAGCGCAGCCAAGACUGGCAACAUUUAUAUUGGCAAAGUAAAGCAGGACCUGUUCUCUGUGAACAUGGCCGCUCUUUCAGACAAACAUGAUUCUGAUGAAGAGAACAAUGGUGGUAACGUCGUAUUUCUUCCAAGCAAGUCCAAAGUCAGGAAAACCAGUCCAGCCGACCAGGUCAACUCCAGAACCGAAGAUCCAAGCACUUUUGUUAUCAGCUCUGAUGAAGAGGAGCUAAGUACAGACCUGAGGUCUCCAGAGGACAGAAGGCAUGUCACCAGAGAGCAGUCGCCCUCCCCACCCCCUCCCCCUUCCUUUGACACACUGCUCCAUGAUGUGGGCAGGCUCAGGGCCACCAAGGCAAGGAAAGGGACCGAGAAGGUUCUCAGGGGUGUGGAUGCUGCGCUGCAGACGGUGAGAAGAACGGCAGAGCCAGCAGGGUUGUCCUCCCCAUCGAGCUUCAGUUUGGACAGUUCCGGUCUAGCCUCACCUGUCACACCUGUGGACAGGGAGAUCACAGUCAAGGUGCGCAGCAGGUCGUCAGGUGCAGGUGUGCACAGGAUCAACAUGAGGAUGAGCGACAGGUUUGAGAAGCUUUUCCGGUGCAUGUCGGAGCGAGAAGGCGCGCCCACAGACAGAGUUCUGCUGGUGCUGAGGGACUACACCAUACAGCAGACAGACACCCCGCAGAGCAUCGGCCUGCACAUCGCUGAUAUCAUUGACUGUUCCAUCAGCAAUGCCAGCAUGGUUGUAGAGGAGGAGGAGGAGGAAACUUCAACUGAGGGGAAACUUGAACUGAAGAUCCAAGGCAAGGAGAGGAAAACUGAGAAAACCUUCACUGUUGACAAGUCAGAAAAGCUGCAGAGGAUAAUGCAGGAGUACGCAGACUUCCGGCAGCUCCCCCUUAGCAGACUCCACUUCAAGUUCGACGGCGAAUCCGUCUCCCCUGACGACACGCCUGAAGAUCUGGACAUGGAGGGCGGAGAGACCAUCGAUGCUCGAGCCUUACAGUAGUCAUAACUUAACAGAUUAAUCUCCAAGCAGAUCCUGGCAUAAGAUAGUACCAAACUGGCCAAGGAGUGUAGUCAGCCGAAGGGUGUCCAUUUGGCCGGUAGCAAAACGCACUCCUAAGCCGGCUUCACUCCUCUGGCAGCUUUUGAUACUAUCUUAUGCUACCGUAGGAUCUGCUUCGAGAUUAUUUACAGAUGUUAUAAAGUACAGUGCUCGAAAUACAUGUACUUUUUUCAGCCAGGUUGCCCAGGUGGCAACCUGAGUCAUCAAAAGCCAGGUUACACCAUGAACAUUUCAGGUUGCCCCACUUCCAAGUUAUUCUCAAAUCAGCUACUUUAUGUUUCAUCUAAUCAAGAAAUAGAUACAAAAGCUCAUGCUCAUAGGUAUGGGAAAACUGUUCCCACUGCAAAAUUUCAGGUUGCACACUGCACUACUUGGGUUUAAAAUCAAGUUGCGCCAAGGAAAAUGUGGUUGCGUUUGCAAGUGUGUAUUUCGAGCACUGUAGUAGUUGUACCUAUAACGUUAAUGGCAUUUCCAGCCAAAUAAUUAUCCAUACAUACUCUCAUACCUGUUUGUAUCAAGCAGUGACCCUGGCACACUGGCCUGUGUACAGUCUUUUUAGCUGCUUAAGCAUCAUCCAGCCAAUCAGAGAGUCCCCCUCCUUUUGUUGGAAAUUUAUCAGCCAAUCACAUUACUUCUUGACCAUAGGCAGCGAUGUGAUUGGUUGGAGACAACUCAAGAGUUAUUAUAACAAGAAAGGAUCACAGUCCGGUAUACCACAGCCAUUGCUUGAUACAUACAGGAGAAGGGGAUCGAUUACCUACCAACUGUCCACCCAUCUUUUCAAAGACUACUUCAGGGUAAUGAUAAUGUACAUGUAUAUUGCUGGUGAAAAGUUACCUUAAAGCUCCAAGAAUGGACAUUAUUGUUACCGAUUCACAUUUAUUCUAGGAACCUUCCACACCAUGUGCUUCCCUCACGAAUACUUUCAUUCCGGGCUAGCCGUGUGUUGACAUUGAGCGACGGGCAUGUUUUACCACCCUGUAUAUAUCUUGUCCUCUCUGCUGCCUUAGAGCUGGCCAGCCAUCACCAGCCAAUCAAGUUGCUGCCUUCCAUCAAGAAGGAAUGUCAUUUGCUGGACACCUUCCUUCCAACAGCAGAAGUAUUUGAUUGGUCAGUGGUAAUGCGGUAAGGACAAAUCACAGGCCAGCAUUUCAGGGUUGUUUCUUGAUAAUUAUACACCAAGCGGUGAGUUUGGCGUAAGCGGAUGUAGUCCACUACUCGUUUCAAUGUAACAGAUAAGAUCCACAUAUAUUUUUCCUUGUACAAUAUGGAGACUGCUGUUGGAGCUAUUUACACUUUAUGAAAAUGUGCACAUGCACUCAAACUAGUCACAGCUUUUGAAGAGUAGAAGAAACUAUUAUAAUAGGAAAAUGUACCAAGAUUCUAUUAAUCUAGAAAAUGAAACUUAAGUUACAUACAAGUUGUUGUAAAUGAAGUAGGGGUAAGAAUAUUGUCGUAUAAUCUUCAUUUUAUUGAUUUUAAUGUUUUUGUAUAAUAAAAUGUAUUGAAGAUCAUUAGUUUUGAGAGUGAGGCAUAAUAUGUUCAUAAUUCGUAUGUUACUAAAGAUGUAAUACACACCAUCUUUUUGUUUGAAAUUAAAAUAAAAACACUUCCCUUUAAGUUGUUAAGCCUCAGACACACAUAAACUGGUCAAUUCAUUAUUGAAAGUUAACUCAAGCGUCUACAUGUAAUUCCAGUUAUCUAGUAAAUUCAUGUAAUACUGUCACUAAUGGUUACAUGUAUAGUAUGGUGUAAAGAACACGAACACUAAUGUGUUGUGCAAAUGUAUGUAUUGUCAUCGUAGUUUAAGGUAGUUGAAAUCUAAGAUAAAUCUAUUAAUGUGCAGAAACAUUUUGUUUUCAUUGUUCAAUCCCAUUAAAAGUUGAGAAGAAAU